GGAGAAUGGUCCAAACGUUAUCGGCUGCCAGGCGAUCACAGGCAGACUUAAGGCAAUUUAUUUGAAAGAGUGGGUACGCUGGUUGUUGUUCCCGACAACAGGACAUGUGUCCGCCCUCACCGCUCCGGGGAAUGGAGGUUUUAAUUGUCUAAUGAGGCUCGGAGGCUCUCAGUUCCCGUUUGCCGACCAGAGGGAAGAGGAUAGCCCUUGUCGGCGAGGGACAGUCGGGUUUGGAAGGUGCACCAACGGCCGGGCUCCCCCCGCGAAGCUAGUUGUCACCUGAAAGGAUAUUACGGAGAUAUCUGGAAAAUAGUGAAAGUGUCUGUACAUCGUCUCAGUCAACCUGAGGUGACACAAUUCACUCGGACGGGAGCACUGGAUGUGAAAGCAGGUGGGCAGCAUGUUCCAGCUCCCUGUCAAUAACCUGGGCAGUCUGCGGAAAGCGAGGAAAAAUGUCAAGAAGGUUCUGGGAGACAUCGGCUUGGAGUUCUGUAGAGAUCACCUAGAGGACUAUAAAGACUUCACUCCUCCAGAUGUGUACAUAAAGCACACUACCUGGGAAGAUGUGUGUAUGUGGGAACCAUCACAUACCAAAGUCCAGGACUACAGAUCAAAGCCCUUCUGCUGCUCUGGCUGCCUCUUUUCAUCCAAGUACUUCUCUGCAUACAAGAGCCACUUCCGCAACGUCCACAGCGAGGACUUUGAGAACAACAUUCUGCUCAACUGCCCCUACUGCACUUACAAUGGUAACAAAAAGACUCUGGAAACACACAUCAAACUUUUCCACAUGCCUAACAACACCGUGCGGCAGGGUCCAGGUGGAAUGGUGGCAGGGGCUGGUGGGCUCUUGAUGAAGGACGGCGUGCUGAAGAGGACCGGGGACAGUGUGGAACAAGCAGUGUACUACUGCAAGAAAUGCACCUAUAGGGACCCUUUGUACAAUGUAGUGCGAAAGCACAUCUACCGGGAACACUUCCAGCAAGUCGCCCAGCCCUACAUUGUGAAACCGGGAGAGAAGACACACGCUCAGAAUGGCGGCACAGGGAAUACAGAGAGUAACAGCACAAACAAUGUUAACAGCAACCAGAUCCACUGCAAGAAGUGUCUGUUUGUUCCAAGGACCUACGAGGCACUUGUUCAGCACGUCAUCGAGGACCACGAGAGGAUUGGCUACCAGGUGACCGCUAUGAUUGGGCACACCAGUGUGAUAGUCCCCCGCCCCAAACCCAUUCUCAUGAUCCCCCCCAAAUCCCAAGGAGACAAGACCAUCAUUGGGAUGGGUCCUAAAGGUGCAGUAAUGGCCACUACCAGGUCUCCUGGCUCACAGCAGUUGGGUCGGGUUGUUAUCACAUCAAAGGCGGGCUUUAACUCUCAGAGUCUUCUGUCUGGGAUGAAACAUGAUGCAAUAGGAUUAAAGGCUGGGGGCACCCAUCCGUUCUCUGUUGGCGGCCAGCAGGUGAGGGUUACUUUACCAGGGAAUGCCCAGGUUUCUGUGCCGCAGCAGUCACACGCAGCAAAGCAGCUAAUUUCUGGUGGCGGUCUGCGGAGUCCAGUUGUGGUCAACUCUUCUUCCUCGCUCAAAUCCAAUCCUCUGGGUUCACGUGUUCAAGCAGCAGCUACAACUGUAGCAUCUGUCACGGCCAAGAAAAGCGGUUCCUCGGUCCUCGGCACGUCCUACACCCAGAAGUGGAAAAUCUGCACCAUCUGCAAUGAGCUCUUCCCAGAGAACGUGUACAGUUCUCACUUUGAAAAAGAGCACAAAGCAGAGAAGGUGCCUGCUGUUGCCAACUACAUCAUGAAGAUCCACAACUUCACCAGCAAGUGUCUCUACUGCAACCGCUAUCUCCCCAGUGACACACUGUUGAACCACAUGUUGAUCCACGGCCUGUCUUGCCCGCACUGCCGUGCGACCUUCAAUGAUGUUGAGAAGAUGGUGGCCCACAUGCGGCUGUCGCACCCAGAUGAGAGUGUAGGCCCACGCACAGACUCUCCCUUGACCUUUGACCUCACUCUGCAGCAGGGCAAUCCCAAGAAUGUUCAGUUGAUCGUCACUACCUACAACAUGAGAGACGCCCCAGAGGAGUCGGUGGCGUUUCAUGCUCAAAACAACAACACCUCUGUGUCAUCAUCCUUGUCUGCCUCCUUAAUAUCAGGCAAGAGGUUAAUGCCUCAGCACCCACCCAAAACACCUUCAGUGGCUGCUGACAGUGCACCAACCAAGAGCGCCCCACAGGCAUCUGUCCCAUACAAAAGGGAUGUGGGCAAGACACUAUGUCCUCUUUGCUUCUCUAUCCUUAAGGGCCCAAUCUCAGACUCACUGGCCCAUCACCUGAGGGAGAGGCACCAGGUGAUUCAGACAGUCCAUCCUGUAGAAAAGAAACUGACCUACAAGUGUAUUCACUGCUUGGGGGUUUAUACUAGCAACAUGACUGCCUCCACCAUCACGUUACACUUGGUGCACUGUCGAGGCGUAGGGAAAUCCCAGAAUGGGCAGGACAGCCGGGUGGCUCAUUCUUCUCGGGUCGGGCAGGCCCAGAGCAGCGCUCUCAAGCGGGCCAGCUUUGAUAGCUCAGACACAAGUGCACCAAAACGAAGGAGGCCGGGCCCCCCCGGGGAAAGGGCCCACCCACGGGACAGCAACGGUCCAUCUGCAUUUGUAGAAAACCCUGAUGAACCUGUGGUUCUGGCUCUCGACCCCAAAGGACACGAGAAUGAGUCGUAUGAGUCCAGGAAGGCAUUUCUAACACAGUAUUUCAAUCGAGCGCCGUACCCCACACAACGGGAGGUGGAGAAGCUGGCAGCCAGUCUGUGGCUGUGGAAGUCGGACAUCUCCAGCCACUUCGUCAACAGGCGGAGAAAAUGCGUACAGGAAUGCGAAACCCAAAACACUAGCGUGUUGCUCGGGUUCAGUAUGCACGAGCUCAGCAAAGUGAGUCACGAGCUAGCGUCCAUCCAGGACGGCGUGUACGAGGGGAGACAAAGCAAGAGGCGGACGUCUAGGAUGCGCAUGGGGCUGUCAGAGCAGGCUCUGCAGAGACACAGGGAACUUGUAGCUGCUAAUGGUGGUGUGGCCCCACCACCAAAGGGAAAGCCAGUAGGGACUGUGCAAGGCUCUAAAGCAGCACCAUCUGCCCCCAAACCCAACAGUGCCAGCAGAGACCAAACCAAGACAAUCAACAGCACCUUACCACAGAAAAUGCCUCUAGACCUUUCUGAGCCCAUUGCCAUUGACUCUGACAGUGAUGAGGAAGAGCAGCAGAAAGAUAACAAAGAACAAGAGGGAGAGGUACAUCGCCAUGGUAACGAACAGCUUACUGGAGCUAAGGAGAAAAUAGAUCAGAGGACAGGGGGCAAGAUUGUUUCGGAUCUAGAUGACAUGUCGGACGAUGAUGAGGACGAUGAUGAUGACGACGAGGACGAUGAUGACGACGAGGAGGAGGAUGAGGACGAGUACGAAGGGCCGCAUGUAGAGAACGGCUUCAGGCCCACGGAGAGCUCGGAGAGACAGGCUGCUAAGGGAAGAGACACUCUGCCCAUCAUUAUUCCCAAGUUUGUACCAUCAUCUGCAAGAAGCAGGAGAGACGGGGCCCAGCUGGGCAAACAGCAGGUCUGACUGGAGAAAUCACAAAGACUCACACAGUCAGAGAGACACGUUAGGUUUGAUCCACGCCAACAAAUCUGCCUCGCCUAAACCGAAGGACACUGCCUUGUUACAUUGGGCAUCUGUGAGGAAGGGAGGGA